AACUCUUCUUUCAGCAGCAGCAACAGUUAGUCAGACACCUCCGUAGCUUGCUAGACAAAAUAGGCGAACCAAUAACGCUCUUUAGACGCGUUCGUGUGUAUUAGACACUGUUUUAAACCCACUUCUGUCGUCUAGUUAGUUAUCCGGUUUAAUUUCAUAUUUACGGUGUUGUUGUUUUUAUUCAGCUAGCGGGCUGGUUAAGUUAACAUUAGCCUAGCUAGCUAAUAUCCCGACCAUGCGGUCACUAAGCUACACUCCACCUACUAAAGAAGAGGUGGGUAUCACAGUAAAACAAGAAGUAGACGGUGAGGCCAUUACUGUGAAAGAAGAAAAAGACGCGUUCAGAUUGAAAGAGGAGGAGGAUGUUACAGUAAAAAGAGAGGAGGAUGGAGUUUAUGGAUUGAAAGGAAGAGGGGAGAUGACUGUUACAUCGGAAAAGGAGGAGGAAACUGGAUAUCUGAGCCCGGUUUCCCAAACGCAUCUUAAGGCGUCCGACCGUUCCAACGCUGAAUGUAAGCUAGCUAUAAAAUGGUUUUGAGAAACCGUUCCCUGAUUAACACGAGAGAGAGUGGGGACUAUCGUGGAUCCUCUGGGGAGCCUCAACAACCUCAUGAUGCUGAAGAGGCAGAGAAGUGUCUCUCCAGAUCAAAACACCUCAAGAAACACCUGCAGAGAUCCACAGGGAAGAUAACUCACUGCUGCUCUGACUGUGGGAAGAGAUUCACCUCAUCAGGCAUUAAAAUUCAUCAGAAAACACACACAGGAGAGAAAUCUUAUAGCUGUGGUCAAUGUGGAAAGAGUUUUACUUCAUCUAGCUGUCUGACAGUAUACCAGAGAAUACACACAGAAGAGAAACCUUAUAGCUGUGAUCAAUGUGGGAAGAGUUUUGCUAAAUCUAACCAUCUGACAGUGCACCAGAGAAUACACACAGGAGAGAAAUCUUAUAGAUGUGAUCAAUGUGGGAAGAGUUUUGCUAAAUCUAACCAUCUGACAGUGCACCAGAGAAUACACACAGGAGAGAAACCUUAUAGCUGUGAUCAAUGUGGGACGAGUUUUGCUACAUCUAACCAUCUGACAGUGCACCAGAGAAUACACACAGGAGAGAAACCGUAUAGCUGUGAUCAAUGUGGGAAGAGUUUUGGUCAAUCUGGAGAGCUGACAGUGCACCAGAGAAUACACACAGGAGAGAAACCUUAUAGCUGUGAUCAAUGUGGGAAGAGUUUUGCUACAGCUAACCAUCUGACAGUGCACCAGAGAAUACACACAGGAGAGAAACCUUAUAGAUGUGAUCAAUGUGGGAAGAGUUUUGGUCAAUCUGGAAAGCUGACAGUGCACCAGAGAAUACACACAGGAGAGAAACCUUAUACCUGUGGUCAAUGUGGGAAGAGAUUUGCUGCAUCUGGCAAUCUGACUCAACACCGGAGAACACACACAGGAGAGAAAUCUCAUAGCUGUGACCAGAGAUAAUCUGAUAAAGUAUCUCUGAUCAAAUAUUAGAAAAUACAUAAAUUAAGGAGUUGUUUCGUGAUUUCAAUGAAUUGAUGUCACAAUGUAGAAUGUUUUAACAUUGUAGUUGGAGUAUUUAAAAGAUGUCACAAUGUAGAAGCCUAAACGUUUGCCCCCUUAUAAAUUGAUUUCAACAUGAUAUGGAUAUUAGCCUCGGGGGAAAUCCAAGCGAAAAAUCCAGCUCUGAAAUGGAAGAGGACUAUUUAUGUGAUUUAACAAAAAUUGACAAACCAAAUAAGAGAUCAUAUCAAAUGUAUUUAUUUUGCCCUUCUUACAUCAGCUGAUAUCCCAAAGUACUGUACAGAAACCCAGCCUAAAACCCCAAACAGCAAGCAAUGGAGGUGUAGAAGCACAGUGGCUAGGAAAAACUCCCUAGAAAAGCCCAAACCUAGGAAGAGACCUAGAGAGGAACCAGGCUAAGAGUGGUGGCCAGUCCUCUUCUGGCUGUGCCGGGUGGAGAUCAUGACAGAACAUGGCCAAGAUGUUCAAAUGUUCAUAAAUGACCAGCAUGGUCAAAUAAUAAUAAUCACAGUAGUUGUCGAGGGUGCAACAGGUCAGCACAUCAGGAUCGCCGAUCAUUAAGAGUAUCUCUAUCGCUCCUGCUGUCUUUAUAAAGUUGAAAACAGCAGGUCUGGGACAGGUAGGACGUCCGGUGAACAGGUCAGGAUUCCAUAGCCGCAGGCAGAACAGUUGAAACUGGAGAAGCUGCACGGCCAGGUGGACUGGGGACAGCAAGGAGUCAUCAUGCCAGGUAGUCCUGAGGCAUGGUCCUAGGGCUCAGGUCCUCAGAGAGAGAGAAAGCGAGAAUUAGAGACAGCAUACUUAAAUUCACACGGGACACCGGAUAAGACAGGAGAAGUACUCCAGAUAUAACAAACUGACCCUAGCCCCCCGACACAUAAACUACUGCAGCAUAAAUGAUGGAGGCUGAGACAGGAGGGGUCGGGAGACACUGUGGCCCCAUCCGAUUAUACCCCCGGGCAGGGCCAAACAGGCAGAACAUAACCCCAACCACUUUGCCAAAGCACAGCCCCCACACCACUAGAGGGAUAUCUUCAACCACCAAUUUACCAUCCUGAGACAAGGCCGAGGAAAGCCCACAAAGAUCUCCACCACGGCACAAUCCAAGGGGGGGCGCCAACCCAGACAGGAAGAUCACGUCAGUGACUCAACCCACUCAAGUGACGCACCCCUCCUAGGGACGGCAUGAAAUAGCACCUGUAAGCCAGUGACUCAGCCCCGGUAAUAGGGUUAGAGGCAGAGAAUCCCAGUGGAGAGAGGGGAACCGGCCAGGCAGAGACAGCAAGGGCGGUUCGUUGCUCCAGAGCCUUUCCGUUCACCUUCACACUCCUGGGCCAGACUACACUCAAUCAUAGGACCUACUGAAGAGAUGCGUCUUCAGUAAAAACUUAAAGGUUGAGACCGAGUCUGCGUCUCACAUGAGUAGGCAGACUAUUCCAUAAAAAUGGAGCUCUAUAGGAGAAAUCCCUCCAGCUGUUUGCUUAGACAUUCUAGGGACAAUUACGAGUUGUGUUACACUUACCACGUUGGUGACCCACUUGAAUCAAAAUGUAGCUAGCUGUUUUCUACAAAUUGUCCUUUAACCAGGGAUGUACACAUUCCUCCCAGAUUUUGUGUGGUUUUUGAGCUGUUAGUUUUAACAGGACGUGCAACAUAAUCUCCCUCCUCUCGCCCAAAUGAUUUUAGCAUGAUAUCGAUGAGUGAUGACAAAUAAGUGUUGCAUUCCCUUGUUUAGCGACCCCUACAUUUAAAUGCAUCACUCCAACUGCAGCUGACUGUCUUCUGUAGGUUGUCCUCUAACCAGUGAGGUAAAAUAUAUCUCCCAUUUCUAUGUUUUUUUUUUGUUGUGUCAGUUUCAACAGCACGUACAACCUAAUUUCCCCCCCAAUCAAUAUUUACAUUUACAUUUAAGUCAUUUAGCAGACGCUCUUAUCCAGAGCGACAAAUAUCAGUGAUUUAUUGCUGCUUGUGCAGUUUAUCAGGAGCUUCUUUAAAAAAAAUACAAGUAAUGUGAUUAUUGUGGCAGAUGUUUGUGUAUAUAGCACAUGUUAGGUUUUCAAUGUAUCCCAAACUUCCUGCAUAUUGGUUAUUGAUUUACCAUGAUCACAAUUUAUUUGGAGUUUUGUCUCUUCUUUUUUUCCAUAUUGAAACUGCACUGUUGGUUAGGGGCUCGUAAGGAAGCAUUUCACUGUUGUAUUCGGCGCAUAUGACAUACAAUUUGAUUUGAGUUUUGUUUGGGCUCGUUCCAAGGGGACGAGAGUUCUAGAAGCUAGUGAGUUUUAGAAUUCUAUACAAAGAAAAAUGAGAAACAAAUUAAUACGAUUGCUUAUUAUUAUUUAGGAAUAGGUGUUUUUUGUUUUUAUUGGUGAAGGUGAAGCAUUGUAGUUGAUUAUAAUGUGAAAUGGAAAUUGUUUCUGUUGGUGGUGAGCAAGCUUGUCCAAAAACAUAUAGGAUAUGUUUGUUGUCUUUAGGGGGAAGGUGUUCCAGGCUUUGGUUUUUCCAUUUAUGUUUUGAGGUUGGACUUUAGCACGUGUAGCUCAUUAGCACUGAUUGGUGUCACCUCGUUAGCCAGUUUGUGUUACACCUGUGCUAGCUUGUCCAUCUCGUUAGUGGGAAUAUGUUUCACCUGAGCUGAUCCAGGUUCUAUUUAAGAGUGUCUGGCCCAGUGCUCUUGAUAGAUGUGGAGAGUCAACACCUUUAGUUUGCUCCACCUUUUUGGAUUUUCUUUUUUGAUUUGAUUCCUGUUUAUAAGUUUGAGGUGGUGGGACGGGUGCGCCAUCGUCCGUGAGGAGAUGGCGCAAAGUACAUCGGGACCGUCGGUUCUGGGGAUUGGACUGGCCAACACGGUGCGCUUUUCUUGGCGGGGAAAAGAGAUGGAGCCUUGGGGGAGAGAAACCUUCGGGAGGAACAUCCUAAUGGGGCACCUAAAAUUGAAGGUUAGAGAUGUUCUCUGCCUUCAGGGGAACCCAAUGGAGAAGGGGUUUGAUGUAACCCUAUAUUUGGAAGAAAAACACAAUGAGAUUAUGAAGACGGUGAUGGAAAGGAAAGAAGGUCCCCUGUGUCAUUACACGGUGACCAGCCUGGCAAGAAACAACUUCAGGGUGGUCACCGUAACCAUGUACAAUCCGCACGUGAAGGACGAAGAAGUGAGGGCCUUUCUGGGGAGGUACAUGGACAAUGUCUCUUCAGCGAGGUACCUCAGGGACUCCCUGGGUUUCUGGAAUGGGAAGAGAGGCUUCCAGGCGUUACUCAGGGAGUCCCCGAAGAGUGUGGAUGGCUACCUCCAUCCUCCGGCGAUG